GAGUAUAGAGAUUCAGAUCAAGAUCAGAUCUGACAAAACCCAAGUACACGUGUUCGGUCCGAUGAGGGCCCAUGGAAUGUGAUCGUGCAAAGGCACCAUCUUAUAUCAUCUCUUCCGCCAAAAACCUCAAAAUCCUUUCCACCCUCUUUAGAUCUCGCUCCAAUCAUCUUCCGUACAAUUGCCGGUCCCAUUUCCGGUCAACCACUGCCGGAAGGUUUUCCUUUUUUCCGAUCACCGAUUGUCGUGUUCGUAAAUAAAUCAAUCGUCUCAUUGCAGAUAAUUACUUUAGCGAUUAAAGGCUUCAAUUCUCACGAAGUUUUACAGUCUCUGCUUCAGCCAGGAGUUAUAGAACUUUGCUGUUUAGUGGUAAAGUUGUAAAUUUGAUCCUUGUUUAAUGCAAUAUGAUAGAGUUUUAAUUGUUGGACUGUUACAGCAAAGUGGAAGCGAGGAUUCAUCCAAAUAAAACUUUGAAAUAAAGCUAGAAAAAUGUCUUUCCAGAAUCAAGGCAUUUGGAUGACGAAAGGAGCUGGGUGUUUAAACGAUGGUGAGAUGGUGUAUGAUACUUCAUCUAGAAUUGAGCCCAAGCGUUCUCAUCAAUGGUUUAUGGAUGGUUCCGAGACAGAUAUAUUUCCUAACAAGAAGCAGGCGGUUGGAGUUUCAACUACCAACUUUUUUUCUGGAAUCUUGAAUUCAAACCUGUCUCCAUGGGGAAAUGCAUCUGGUUUUCAUUCAAUCUCGGGGCAGUUUGCUGAACGGUUAUUCGACACCGAAUCAGCUCGAGCUGUGAAUUUUGAUGAUCGAAGCAUGCCAUCAGUUAGCAGUGAGAAAGUUGUCAUGGGGAGAAAGCUUAAUGAAGAUAUAUUUACAAAUGAUUCUUCAUUCUGUUUAUCUAUGUCUCAUACACUAGAAGAUCCUAGAUCUGGGUUAAACCUUGGUGGGAUUAGGAAGGUAAAAGUCAGCGAGGUUAAGGAUUCGGAGAAUAUCAUGUCUGCAUCAAUGGGAUAUGUGUUUAAUGGGGUUAAUACCUCUGUGUCAAAUGAUCAUGCAUACAACAAGGUGGAAGAUGGUAUUAUGCCGAUGGGUUCUUCUUAUAACAAAGGGGAUCCUAUUGGUGACACCUAUGAAAGGGAGAAUAAUGUUUUCAUGUCUAUGGGACAAUCCUAUAACAAAAGUGAGGAUAAUAAUGCACUUGCAAUGAGCAAUACCUUCAAUAAGGGUGAAAACACUUUCAUAUCCAUGGGUCAAACAUACAUGACAGAUGAUAGUUCUGUAACUGUGUGUCAGACCUAUGGUAAAGGAGAUGACAGUACCAUAUCUAUCAGUCAAAGCUACAAGAAGGGUGACAACUAUAAUUUGUCAAUUGGUCAGUCCUAUAGUAGGGGUGAGAGUACUAUUAUAUCAUUUGGUGGCUCUAAUGAUGAUGAUGAUACAAAUCCGCCAGGAAGGAUUGUAUCAGGCUAUAAUUUAUUGAUGGGUCAGUCUUCUGUCCAAAGAUCUAAUGCUUCGAGUGAAAAAGUGUCUAUAUCCAAUAAUAUUAUUGCCUCUGGAGCUGAAGUUCCUAGGAAGAAAGAUGAGCAGAAAACAUCCAAAAAACUUACUUCAAAUAACUUCCCAUCAAAUGUUAGAAGUUUGCUGUCAACUGGUAUGCUUGAUGGAGUUCCCGUUAAAUAUAUUGCAUGGUCACAGGAGAAGGAGCUCCACGGUGUUAUAAAGAGUUCGGGAUAUCAAUGUGGCUGUCAGACAUGCAAUUUUUCUAAGGUGAUCAAUGCAUAUGAAUUUGAGCGGCAUGCUGGUUGCAAAACAAAGCAUCCAAAUAAUCACAUAUACUUUGAGAAUGGGAAGACCAUUUAUGGGAUUGUCCAAGAGCUUAGAAGCACACCUCAGAAUAUGUUGUUCGAUGUUAUUCAGACAAUAACCGGCUCGCCUAUUAACCAGAAGUGCUUCCGGAUUUGGAAAGAUUCGUUUUUAGCUGCCACUCUUGAACUUCAGCGUAUAUAUGGGAAGGAUGAAAUGAAACAAUUGUCAUAAAACAACCAUUUUCAUUUGCAAGGUAGGGUUAAUCUCUGUUUUGUGAAUAUGAAGGAAGUGACUUUUUACGAGACUUUAUGCUUGUUAAUGGUGACAGCGCCGGGCGUGGGGUUUUUUUUUUUUUUUAAUUUACGGGGGUAGGGAUUAUGUUAAAAAGUAGGGAGUUAAUGCCUGAAAGAGAGAUACUUGUUAUUUGUGUAUUUGCUUGUAUCUCUGCAAACAUGUAGUCGGAUAUUAAUUCAAGAGAUAGAGAUGAAAUCUAAAUUUUGCACCUUUGGUGGACUAAA